CGCCGGUGUAGCUUUCCCCCGUGUCGCAGACAAUGACCGAUCGUCGAUUACAGUUGGUUGUGCUAGCAUUUUUCAUCUUUGCUAUUUCUUGCGAAGCUGUUUCAAAUCUUAAAACUCGUCUUAAUCGUCCAGCUUUCGAAUUUUUCUCAAAAACUGCACACCAUGUGAUUGACGUUGAAGUGCCGAAGAUCUCAUUGCCAGAUAUCACGCUCGAUAUUCAUGCCGGACCGGGAAAAGGCACAGUGUCGGCUUAUGACUUGAAAAUUAACAAAUUUCAGUCUCCAUUAUUUGAGUUCGUCCUGACUGAUGAAGGAAUAGCAUGGACAUCACGACAAGGCACAGUCAAACUAAAAGGCAGAUGGCAGGCUGAAUACACAAUUUUGCUUCCGGUAAAAGCUUCCGGAUGGAUGAAUGUGUUAGCCUCAGAUAUUCAAAUGAACGUUUCCGCCAAAGCGAUAGCCUUUGAUGAUCGACCUCAAAUCGAAGUCGGAGAGUGCGAAGCAAACGUUGGAAAUUUUGAUCUUGAGAUUGGAGGCGGUGUUCUGCCUUGGUUGGUUAAUCUAUUCCGAGCUGAUGUAUCGCGUGCAGUUCAAAAAACUAUUCAUGAACAGGCCUGUGAGGCUGCCCAGUCCAUUCUGCUUACCAAUUUUAACAAUUUUCUUCUUUCCUUACCUCUGCACCUACCAGUUGGUCAAGAUUUUUAUGUCGACUACGCUGUAGAGAAAAAUCCAAAUUUUACGAGCAAAUAUGUCGAAGCUGAAGCUGCCGCCGAGAUAUUAUACGAAGAUCACUCGUGUCAUCCAGAAAAAAUUGAAGGAUGGACAGAAGCCGGAUUGAUACCGAAAAUGGCAGUCACCUGGAUGAGUGAAAGCGUUCCAAAUUGUCUUCUCAAAAGUGCACAUGAAGGAAAGCUUGUCAAGUUCACUGUCACCAAGGAUUUUCCUACAAUUGGUCCGCGUUUGAAAACAAGCUGUUCGAUUUUCUCCAUCUGCAUUGGUCGAUUCUUCAAGAAACUCCGAACGGAUUAUCCGGACCAAUAUGUUGACCUGCACUUUCAUACAUACGAAGCUCCUUUUGUAAAAAUGCAAGAUGAUGAUGUAAAAAUCAAUGUCACUUUUGCUGUGGACUUCUACAUCAAUCCGAUGAAGCAACACCUCAAGCCUCUGGCUAGACUAAUACUUUCGUCAUCAUCCACAGUAAUCCCAGAAAUCAUUCGAAACAAAUUCUCUGGCAAUUUG